AUGAAGAAGCGUCGCAUAGCCACCAGCUCAGCUGGGGACAUGGAUGAAUGUGGAUUUGGACCCGAAGAGGCCAAGACCCCAACUCGUUUCGGCUUCCGCAUUGCGUUGCGAAGAGAGGCACGCGUUUGCCACGCGGCGCGGCGCCUCAAAGAUUUGCUGCCCCUGGUGGCGCUAAUUGCUGGAUUCGGAGUGAUCGGCGCAUGCGCAGCGGUUGGCUAUUCCUACGCGAGAUUCGAGGGUCCGGUGGCGGGGCCGGAGCACCUGGUCACCGUCCACGACGGACGCACCGUCGACUAUGUGGCCCGGCCCGAUUACAGCUUCGCCUAUGGCGUCGAGGAUGGCAAUUCGCGCGUGCUGCAGAAUCGCAAGGAGACACGGACAGGCGACGAGGUGCGCGGCGUCUACAGCGUAGUCGAUCCGGAUGGCACCUUGCGUGUGGUUAAAUACACGGCCGACGAUGCCAACGGCUUUCAGGCGGAGGUGAUUACGAACGGUGUGAAAACUCUGCAUGGCCAUGGAGCCGAGGUCGAUGCGGGUGGCGGUACGGUGGACAACCAAGUGAGACACGACAGCUCCGAAGCCCACGAAGCGGAUGAUGAGGAGGGCGAGGAACAGGAGGAGGAGGAGGCCCCUCACGCAGCUCCUCACAAGGGAAAUGGGCAGUACAAGGUGCACGAGGACUACGACGAGGGCGGUGGCGGUGGCGAGGAAAAGGAAAAGGAUGCAGAAGGGGAGGAGGAGGGAGACCACCAGGAGUACGAGGGCAGCAGCGAGGAAGGAUACGUGGAGGCCGAUGCUCACAGUCAGCAGGAGGAGGCCAGCAGCGAGGAUUACUAA